CACCCGUUCUCAAGCUUCUCUCUGUUAUUAUGGCUUAGUGCUCAAAACGUAGAACUCUCUUUUCUUGGAAAAAGAUAACAAUAGUGUGAAACUGACAAUUGUUGUAAAAAUUGUACUGGUGUUAUCGAAAUCGCUCGAUAGAAAAUACUUGUGAAUCCAUUUGCUAUAUUUUAGAAAAUCGAUUACGUACUUCGACAUAUAUUCUUUAUAUUUCUUAAUAAUUUCAAAUGUCUACACGGUAUAUGAAAAAAGUUUAUGGCGGCGAUGUGAUCGCAGAAAAAGAUCACAAUAGCGCGAGUGAUACAGAUAUUUCAGUAACUAACGGCACGAAGUCUAAAUCCUUCAACGUUUUCGAUGUGUUACAUCAGAGUUCUGACAAUGAUAGUGAAAAUACCAAUGAUAAACAAGAUGAUGAAAAUAUAAUUCCAAAUGAUGCAAAUGACAAUGAGGUAAAACGCAAGAAAAAGAAAAAGAAACGUAAGAAGACAGAGAAUAUUAAGAAUCAACAACAGCAAGAUGUAGAGUUUAACAAAAAUAUAGAUGAAAUUGAACAGAGCAUAUGGGAAGUAAACCAACUGCUCGGAGAGCCAGUACCAGGUUGCAGUAAACAAACUUCUGAACCACAAUGGAUCAAUGAGAUAUCUAAAGAGGAUAUAUUGACUGUAGAACAUAAACACUUAAAUCCAUAUAAUGAAUUGAAAAAAAUCUUUGGUAGUAAAACUAUACAAGCUGAACGAAGCAAAAGAAGAAAUAGAAAUCGUUCUGGUCAUUUGAAGAAAACAUGGUUAGUCUGUCCUCGAGAUAAUUGGCCACCAAUUGGUAAAUCUGGAUUAUCAAUGUCUUUAGAUUAUUCCAUGCAAAAUACAGGAAAUGUACAGUAUUUUGUGUAUGAACAUAGCACUUCGUACAAACAGAUACAACUGAAAUUCUUGCAGGCUGUUGAAAGCUUGAAUCCAGAGAACAUAAUUAGCUUAGUAAAUGCACAUUCUUACCAUGUAGAUGCUCUCCUACAGUUAGCUGAACUCUGUAAAUUAAGUGAAGAUUUAGCAUUGGCAGCAGGAUUUAUUGAACGGGCUUUGUAUUGCUUAGAAUGUGCAUUUCAUCCAUCCUUCAAUAUGAUAUCUGCACAGUGUAGAUUAGAUUACUGUAAACAGCAGAAUCGUGCACUGUUUAUAACACUUUUUAAACAUCUUGAGUUUGUUGGCGGACGAGCUUGUUAUAGAACAAGUUUGGAAUUUUGUAAACUUCUUUUAUCAUUGCAUCCGGAUGGUGAUCCACUGGCAGUAGUUCUGUUUAUUGAUUUUUAUGCCUUAAGAGCUAAGGAAUAUGAAUGGUUUAUAAAAUUUUGUGAUCUGUGGGAAAGCACCAGGAAUUUAACUCAGUUACCAAACAUAGCAUAUAGCCUGGCCUUAGCACACUUUCGUUUAGGAAAGAAGGCUGAUGCUGAUGAGCUUUUGCAGAAGGCUCUUAUUAUGUUUCCAGGUGUACUGAUGCUUUUACUUGAAAAAUGUAGCAUACAGACGGACAGCAAGGUGAUGCGUCAUGAUUUCUUUAAUUCUCAAGCACAAGCAAGUACGUCACCAGCUUUGGAAAAGUUACAAAAUUUGUACGUAGCACGUAGCUUUCAUUUAUGGAAGGAGGCAGAUAUUUUACCAUGGUUAGAAACAAAUGUGCACACUGUGCUAAAUCGUGUUGAACUUAAAGAUGAUUAUGUUAAAUACUGUCGAGUAAAGCGUAGUAAGAGAUAUCAAGGGAAGUUGCCAAAAAACGUCUUGAGACAUAUUAUACUAGCAGAUAUGAAAGAAGUUAUAGUUAAUGUGCAAGAAAUCCAAAAUGAAGGACCAGUGUUGUCACAUGAUCCAUUGCCACCCAUAGACAGUAUUGAUAUCUACAGGAGGACUACAACAAAUGACAGAACAGCUCAAAGUAACUCAAACUUCUUUUCUCUUUUUUUCUCUUCAUUAUUUACGGGUAUUGAUGAAGUAGCAGCUGAUGCUUUAAAUGGUUUAUAUCUGUUUGAGGAGAAUGAUGAUCAUGCACAAUAAUCACACGGAGUCAAAUGAUAGUAAAAUGUUUAAAUACGAUUAAGACGAUUAAAACUAUGGUAAAACACAAAUCACAUGAAACUUGAUAAAAAAAUGAUUAAAAACAAUUAAAACCACUAAAAUGUAUGUGGACGGUAAAACACAAAUUACGUGAAACUUAAUGGUAAAACGAUUAAAACGGCGAUAAAACAGAAUAUGCAGCUUCAUAUGUAACAACUUUAACAACGUACAAGAGACGAUAAUUUCAAAAUUAUUCUAUUAUAAUCAAAUGAUUCCUAAAUUUGUUGUUUUCUUCUGUACAGAUAAAAAUAACAGAAUUGUUUUGUUAAAGUUCUUCAUUAUCAAAGUUGAUCAUUAGAAAAUUAAGUUACUUCAAAAUAAUAUAUAUUGCAUGUAAUAUUGUAUUAUUGUGUAGCAAGACAUUAAAUAUUGGUUAAUUAUUGUAACAAAUCGAUUAUUACAUAUAAAUGUUUUUAUACAACUUGUAAAUAUAGUAAAUGUAUCUAUACAACAGUAAAUAAAAUAUACAGAAUAAAUCCUA